AUGAAUUUUGAAGUGCAGUUAUUCGUCGACGUUUAUUGGUCAGUGUUUCAGGAAGAUGAGGAUAUCGGAUUCGAAGAGAACAUCCUCCGGAAUCCGUAUUCGUUGCGAUGUUGGGUGCGUUAUAUCGAGCAUAAGAAGAAGUGCAAGGCACCAUUGAAACAAAUCAAUAUGGUUUAUGAGCGAGCUCUGAAAGAACUACCAGGAAGUUAUAAACUUUGGUAG